AACAAGCAGCCAUGUUACACCAAUUCAUAAGAAUUACAUAGGUUGUCUAUUGAUUUUUGAGCCCAGUUUAAGGCAUUGUUGCUUACUUUAAAGACAUACAAUAACUUGGGGCCCAAUAAGUAUAUCUUCCCAUGUUCUCCUACCUGUGCUGUUCAUAAGAGAGCCUUCUCAUCUGGACAGAGUAGAGGACCAUUGCAGCGGUGGCAUCUCAACUCAGAAGCAGCCUCACUAGGAAAGUUCAAUUGGCAUUGGUAUUACAAUAUUUUCUGCAUCUGAUCAGUAUUUGCCCAGGCAUUUUAUUAUUAUUUUUUUUUACCUGAUUUGUAUUCGGCAGUUCUAUGGUCUUGCUGUUUCUUUGUUGUAUACUGGUGUAUUCUUAUUGUAUUGUAUCUUUAUGAUUGCAUGCUGCCCUGGAGCCCAUGAGAAUGAAAGGUAAGUGCCCAAGAAGGAGUCUUGCAUGCAGUUUUGAAUGAUGAUCCUCGAUUUACAAGGGACUACUGUAUAUAUUACAACAGGAAUUGGACAUCCCUUCCUAGUACUUUAAAUAACAUUACAUAUACAACACUGGAUAUUUUGACCCCCAAAUUACUUUGCAGUCAGUCUGAAGUUAUCUAUGACAUCACGGAUAAAGCAGUUGUAGUAAUGCGGGGAAACUGCACUUUUCUGGAAAAGGCAGAAAUAGCUCAACGUCUGGGUGCUAAAAUUCUUCUGAUUGCCAGUGAAACUGAACUGACUAUUCCAUAUGGUAACAAGUCACAAAGUCUCACCAUCCCAGUUGCACUUAUACGUAAUGAGGAUAUAAUUGAUUUGAAACAGACUCUUUGGAACUUUGGAGAAAAUGUUAAUGUGACACUAUAUUCACCACCUGUACCAAUAUUCGACUUCAGUAUGGUAAUCCUCUUUGCAAUUGCAGUGUUCUGUGUGACACUGGGAGGCUACUGGAGUGGAAUGGCAGAGCUUGAGAAGCUGAAGGCGCUCUCAGCCUCUGGAACCCAUGAUUCAUCAAACGAUGAAGAAAAUGUUACUUUAACUCCUUUGACAGUUGUUUUGUUUGUUGUCAUUUGUUGUGUUACACUAGUCCUGAUGUACUUCUUCUACAAAUGGCUAGUGUAUUUUGUCAUUGCUAUUUUUUGCGUGGCAUCUGCAAUGAGCCUAUACAACUGCCUUUCAGCCCUAAUUAGAAAAAUACCUUAUGGACGCUGCAAAUUUCCAUGUUUCAACAAAUUCCUUGAAGUGCGACUCUUAUUUCUUGCUGCAUUUUGCAUAGCAUUUGCAGUUGUUUGGGCUGUGUUUCGAAAUGAAAAUCAGUGGGCUUGGAUUUUACAGGAUAUCUUGGGAAUUGCUUUCUGUGUGAAUUUCAUCAAAACUCUCAAAAUGCCCAACUUCAAGUCAUGUGUGAUUCUCCUAGGCCUUCUCCUUGUAUAUGAUGUAUUUUUUGUCUUCAUCACACCAUAUCUUACAGAAAGCGGAGAAAGUAUAAUGGUUGAAGUUGCAGCCGGUCCAUUUGAAAGCAGUGAAAAGAAUGAUGGAAACUUGGUGGAAGCGUCUUCUGAGCGGUCAGCUUCUCAUGAGAAAUUGCCAGUGGUAAUGAAAGUACCCAGGCUGGCAUUCUCUACGGCAGCGUUAUGUUUUUUGCCAUUUUCAUUACUUGGAUUUGGAGAUAUUGUUGUGCCAGGACUCCUGAUUGCUUAUUGUCAUAGGUUUGAUGUUCAGACCAGCUCUUCCUCUGUGUAUUUCAUUUUCUGCACUAUAGCUUAUGCUGCUGGCAUGUUGAUCACAUUUGUGAGUCUUAUACUAAUGAAGAAGGGACAACCGGCGCUCCUCUAUUUAGUACCAUGCACGCUUAUUACCAGUGCACUGGUUGCUUGGUAUCGUAAAGAGAUGAAAAAGUUCUGGGAAGGCAGCAGCUAUCAGGUGAUGGAUCCCAUGGAUUUUGCUGCUAAUGAAGGAACCUCUACAAGAGCCAAUGAACAACGUGUCGGACAAUAACAUGAUAUCUAAAAUAAUGUGUUAUGAUUUUCUACUCAAAUAAUAGAGACUGGUCUAAAUUUUUAAACUGGAAAAUUUCUUACGAUUUAUUAUGAGAAGAAUUGCCUUUUUUUUUUACACUUGCACAUAUAUUUUUGUGAAACGUUUACGGUUGAUGCAUAUCAGAACGAUUAAAAUUCUUAUUUUUAAAGUGCCAAACCAUAUUCAAUAAAUCUGUGCCUUGCUUUACUUCAGAAGGGUUUUGUCUAUGGGAUGGAUAGUAUUUUAAAAUAUUGUCCAGCUUUUUGUGUAUGAGACUGAGUUGUUUAGAUGAAGCAUGGGAUAAAUUAGAAAUAUAUUGCACAGAUUCUUUGGCUAGCAGUAAAUGCAGAAUUAUGCUUUUGUUGCACCAUAGAUAACCAGACAAAUCUAAUUUGGCAGCGAUCUCACAAUGGGAGGCAGGAGUGGAUUAAUCUGAGAUCAUUUCAUAACGGUAGCCUAGCCCAAGGCUGUAGGUGAAUAGUUGUACCAGAUCUACCACAAUUGCCUUUUUGAGCCAGUUAAUACUUUUUCAAGUUAGUUUAUUUUCUCUCCCUAGUUACAUGAGCAGUUUUAAAAUAACAAAAGAGUAUAUAAGAACCAAGAAAACAUGUUUUUCUUUCCUCUUAAACACAAAUGAGUGUUCAGGAUUUUUUUUUCCCAUUCAGGGCCUAACUAUGUAUGUUAAUUGCCUCACUUGCAUCAGUGUUGAGGAAUUAAAAAAUAAUAAUCCUAGGUGUGAAGGAGUGGAAAGUGUAGUUUCAAUGGAAAUUUAAGGCCAUAUCCCUACAAUGGAUGCUGCUGCAACGUGAUAAUAGUGUGCAGUUGGGUCUUAGCAGAAAUGCAGUUUUGUUCCCAAUAGCAAUUGCUUGUAAAGGGUUAUCUUGCCACAAUUUUUAAUUGCCUAAUAUAAAUGGUAUCCUUUGCAUUGCAGAUUGCAUUCCAUGGAAUUUAUUCCUAUGGAGAUUUAGGAUAUGCCCCUUUUAUAUCUGUUUUUGCUCCUAUUUUGCAUUUGGGAAUGUAUUGAAAUGUCACUUUGAAUUUGAAAGGAUUUCAUAGAUUUCUGUCUGUGAUAACAUUUUCAUCAUCUUUCCUUUGGAAAGAAUAAUGAAGAAAAAGCUCAGUCUGAGCAGCAGCAUUUUAACACCAAAGAUACUUGGAAUAAUCUGGAAACUACUGCCUUAGAACUGGUUUAGAAAACUGUCAAGAUAACAGGAAAUUUAUGUUCCUCUUUCUUGAAAUGAAGGAGGAAAUCAGAAGCUUCCGAUUUUAAACCAACUGUAGUUUCCCAUGUUGUUCAGACCUCAGUGUAUUUAAACUUUGAUUAAUAAAAUAAGACAAGAUGUGAAGCAUGAUUUUAUUCUGGCAUGCUUUCACCAUUGUUUAACCCAAUGGUCCCCAAACUACCCUUUAAGAGAUUUUGGACUUCAGCUCCCAGGAGCCUCAGCCAUGUUGGCCAAUAGUCUGGUAUUCUUGGAGCUGAAGUCCAAAAUCCCUUAAAAAGCACAGUUUGAGGACCAUUGGUUUAAGCUUAGGUACUUAAUAAUAUAAUUUAUUUAUAUUCCACCUUUUCCCUAGGGAAUCAAGGAGGAUUACAAUAUAAUAAGUUUGGAUAUCAUGGAAAACUUAUUUGAAAUUGGAGUUAAAAGUAUCUACCAAGCUGUGAAAGAAGAGAGGAGGCCAAAGCUCAUUCUAGUCCAUUCACAUAGCACAAAUUUAUGGUUUCAUUUGAACCAUGCCUUGUUCUAGAAAGUAUUUUAACUGCACUCUCUAUACCAUUAAAAAUCACUCGUUAUUUAGAAAUCCCCUUUCCUGUAUGCAAACACAAUCCAAAUGCUUUUGCAUAUGUUGUGAGAGUAAGGGAAAGGUCUAAAGAGCAGUGGCUGCUCUGUACAUGUGGAUCCCACACUGGGUAAAAAGUUUGAUUGUUUAGGCUUCCUAAAUCUUUCCAGGAGUCCAUACACAUAGAACAAGCUUCCCUCCUUAGACUUCCCCCUUACUCAGUGUGUGGACAGUGAGAGUGAAGGCACUAUUGAAGUGUCACAUAAUUACUUGAGAUAAUAGAGUACAUUAUUAGCAUUGUUCUUCAAAUCCUUUCCUUGAUGAGUACAUGAGACAGCACCAAUUUUGUAUUGAAGAGAAGACUAUAGUUGGAAAGUAUACAUCUACAAUUGCUUUUAACUGCAGGCACAAUCUUCCAAAACUUCUUGUAUAACCUCCAUUUAAAUGAAUGGAAGCUUUACAGAACUACUAUGUAAUAUUUUUCUUUCACUGAGGCACAUCAUGUAGAAUGAUGUCCUUAUCAAAGGACUCCCCGCAUCCACGCACUGGGGCAGAUCAACAAAGUGCUAGAUGAUAUGGGAGAUGCAUUUGAAAUAGCCAAGGCCGUGGAACAGUUUUUAGAUAGGUGAUUAAUAAUAAUAAUAAUAAUAAUAAUAAUAAUAAAAUUUAUUUAUGUUUCCCCGCCUCUCCCGGUGGAUCGAAGCGGAGUUACAGACUAAAAAAGCACAAAGUGUUUACAUAAAAAUUCACUUAAAAGCAGCUAAAAACAAUAAAAUAUACAACAUCAUACCGUAACAAUAGCAUCAACAAACAAGGCAGGGAUCAUACACAGGCAGGGCAAAUCAUUCAUAUCAGGGAGGGUAUUCAUAUCACGUGGGGUAUGCUCGGCUAAAAAGUUCAGUUUUAAUCGCUUUUCUGAAUGUCUGUAGUGAGGCCGCCGAGCGGAUCCCAUCAGGGAGACUGUUCCAAAGUCUCGGAGCUGAUGUUGAAAAUGCUCUUUGCGAAGUAGCGACAUACUUAGAGGUUGCUAUCUCCAAUAGGUUCUUACCCAAUGUUCUAAGAGUGCGGGGCAGGUUGUAUAGGGAGAUGUGGUCCCGUAAGUAACUUGGGCCCAAGCCAUGUAGAUUAACCAACAAGGUUUACAACCCUGAGAAAUCUGAAGUGAUAGCCAUCAGAUGGUCUCAUCUCAUACUCUAGUAAGAACCAUAUACUGUAGGCUGUUCUGUAGUCAGGAUUAACUAAUUAAAACACCAGCAGAUUUCAGGUAUGGUUUUGACUGUGUUUCUUAAAAUAAUGAACCUGAACAAUGCAGAUACAUUGUGGCUUUGGGGAAAAAGGCUCUUAAACUGCUUUUGAUGGGUGGCAGGAGCUAAAAUUCUGUUUCCUUGGAGACAUUGCAAUGAAAAUGAAUAGGUAUUUUCUUAACCUGUCUUGAGAAAUUGGGAAUAUACCAGUCUCUUUUUUACAUUACAGUUUUGAUAUUUAAACACCUUAAGCUUUCAGUCUGAUUUGUAGAGGGAUUUAGUUGUAAAUUGAUCAACUUUACCAGCUCUUAUUUUGCAAGGGAUAUAUUAAUCAUUUGGCAGUGCGCUUGUCAAAUAAGCAUUGUUUGAAACGUCUGUGACCAAGAACCAGUGGUGUACUUUGCUAUCCACUAGUAGCAGAAUCAGAAUUUUCUUCUCCUUCAGCUUCUGGUGCAGCCCUUUUUGGCGCCACAGACAGGUCCAGAAGGUUUGCCAGCUUCCCAGAACAGUUUUUAAUGCCAGCAAGGAAGGGCUGCAGGAUGGAGAGGGUGCUGAUUCUGUUGAAAGCAGUAGGAGCCAGCAGAAGAAGUAAACCAUUGGCUCCUAGCCUCUAUGGGUCAAAUUAUGGCAAACAUCCAGGGAUUGUCAUGUGCUGUAGUUGAUUCUGUAAUGUUAAAUUAACAGUAUAUGCAUGGAUUAUUUUGAAAAGUUAAAAGAGUUGAAUAGUUUUGCAGUUGGCUACUGAAUAGCAUGUUAUUAACAUAGCUGAGUAGAACUGACAUGGAUAACUUUUACUAGAAGCAUCAAAUGUUUUACAAAUCCAAUUGGCCUUCUCCACCUUACAAGCCUUAAUAAAAUUGAUCAUAAUGUGCCAUUAUGGCAGUGAUUCUGAUAACAACCUUGUUUUCCAUUUUACCUCUGAAACAUUGUACAUUUGUUUUCUAAGACUGUUAUAAUUUAGAACAAUAUUUGGUAUUUAAUAAACUGUUUAAUAAUAAUUGAAA